CAAAGUUCAAGUUUCGCUUUGCAAACAAAUCAAAUCUCACUCAAGAUGUCUGACGCUGUUGUCGAACCCACACCCGCCGUCGCUGCUGCCUCGCCAGCUGCCAAGAAAACGAAGACGCCCAAAAAGGAAGGCGCCAAGAAGCCCAAAACGAAGCCAACGCACGCCCCAACUGCCACGUUGGUCAUGGCUGCCGUCAAGGAGUUGAAGGACCGCAAAGGCUCGUCGUUGUCUGCCAUCAAGAAGUACAUCGCCGCCAACAACAAGGUCGAUGUCGAGAAAUUGGCGCCGUUCAUCAGAAAAGCCCUGAAAAAUGCCGUCGUCGCUGGCAAAUUGGUGCAAGUCAAGGGAAAGGGAGCUUCGGGAUCUUUCAAAUUGCCCGCCAAGGAGAAGGUCGAGAAGAAACCCAAAGUUGCCAAGAAACCCGCAGCGAAGAAAACUUCCGUCGCGAAGAAGAGCGCCACGAAGAAGGUUGCCAAGAAGCCCGUUGCCAAGAAAAGCACCGAAAAGAAGGAAAAGGCAGUCAAAGCUAAAGUCGCCAAGAAAGCUGGCACCGUGAAACCCAAGCAAAAGGCAACAAAACCAAAGGCAGCGAAGCCCGCAGCAGCAAAGAAGCCAAAGACACCCAAAAAGGCAGCAGCAAAGAAACCCGCAGCAGCGAAAAAACCCGCCGCGAAGAAAGCUGCACCAAAAAAGAAGUAAAUUCUUCACGUUUCUAACGCGAAACGCAACUCAAACAAACAAUCAGUCCUUUUUAGGACUAACAAAAUUAUCGGA